UUAAAUUGCACGAUUUAAAAAGUAGUGGGGUUAAUUUGCUGUUAUUAGUACUUAGGGGGCUAUUUUGCACUUAAGUCUUAGGUUAUGGGGCUCAUUUGCCACAUAUUCCAAACCGAAAAUGAUUGCCAAUUGUAUUCUACACAGACAAUUUAAUUGCAGGGUAACCUAUUUUACCUCUUCUAAACAAAAUUAAAAUUUCAAUUCAAGCAAAACCCCAAUUGGGAUAUAAGCGAAAUGAAUCAAAAUUAAUUGAGGGAUUUUCAUUGAGAAAUGAACAGCUUCAAUCUGCAACAAAUCAUAUCAACUACUGACUUGUCUGUGGGAUCAGGCUACUAUUGUUGGUCUUCAGACUCCAGCCAUUCUUCUUUAUGAGAUAAGGAAUAGCAAUUGGCUAGUUCUGUAUAUCAAUUGCUUACAGGAGCCAUGUCAUCACUGAUUAGAACUCCAGUGCCCAACAUUUCUGUUGCUGGAUUUCGUUACCAGAGCCAGAAAUAUAGGAGGUUUACCAAUAAUCAUGUUGGAGUUACUUUUCCAAAACUCCAUAUAAAACGCCUUUUGGUUUGCUGCUCAAAGUUGACACCAUGGGAACCUAAACCUCUUACGUAUGCACCCACUGAUGAGGCUGAACCCGAGCUUGUGGAAGAAACUCCCAAUUUAUUUGACACCCUUAAGUUGGAGGACAAUGCAACUACACCAGCUACUGAUUCUGAAAAAUUAGCUCAAAAAGCCAGCAGCCCAUCACAAGGAGCAGGUUUUCUGAAAUGGCCAUUGUGGAUCUUGGGUCCGGCUUUUCUUCUUGGCACUGGCAUGGUCCCAACUUUGUGGCUACCCAUAUCGUCUAUAUUUCUUGGGUCCAACAUUGCCAGCCUACUUUCCCUUGUUGGGCUAGAUUGCAUCUUCAAUCUCGGCGCAACUUUGUUCCUCCUCAUGGCUCAUUCUACCACCCAACCAAAAGACCCAAUGGAAGCCCCCCAAAGCAAGGCUCCUUUCAGUUAUCGAUUCUGGAACAUGUUUGCAUCAAUCGUAGGCUAUGCUAUCCCCUUGGCAUUGCUCUUUGGCUCACAAAAGGGUUUCCUUCAACCACAGCUUGCACCAAUCUCAUACUUGGUACUUUUAGGUCCCUACCUCCUCCUUCUCUCGGUGCAGAUAUUGACAGAACUGCUGACUUGGCAUUGGCAAUCGCCUGUAUGGCUUGUAACUCCUGUUAUAUACGAGGCCUAUCGAGUGCUGCAGCUCAUGAGGGGUUUGAAGCUUAGCGCAGAAAUUAGUGCGCCUGCAUGGAUGAUGCAUACUAUAAGGGGGUUGGUGUGUUGGUGGGUGCUGAUUCUUGGUUUGCAGCUCAUGAGGGUUGCUUGGUUUGCUGGUUUUUCUGCUAAAACGCGUAAAGAACAGAGAUCAUAACUGUAAAAAGCACCACCGGCUUUGAGCGAGGUCAAUAUUUUCUUAUAAAGGUUUCGGUUUAGCUAGAAUCUUACCUUCUGACCGUUCUGGGAAUGGAUUUUCGUCCUUUUAAUGUACGUAAUGUUGCUCUAGUUGUGCAAGUGUGAUGAUUGCUGGUCAGUUGUAAUGUCCUAGUUCAGUACUGUAUUUGUAACUACUUGUAUGUACUAAUUAAACCUGAGCGACCUACAUUAAAUUCUAAAAUAAAUACCUCCCUUUAUUGGAAUAAAAUGCCACAGACCCACAAUUGUCUUCUGAAAA